UCUCUCCGAGGAGGGGAGGGUGUGCCGGAGAGGGGGCUGGGUAAGUGAUAAGUGACACCCACAUUUCUGGAACACUGAGCAAGACAGAGACGUGCGAGGAGGAAGGGGCUGGGCUCGGCAGUCCGUGCGGCCCAUAGGGCACCGACGGUCACACUGACGGGGACGAGCGUGCUCUCGCACAGGAACGAGGGACUCACAGCAGGGGGAGGCAGGAGAGGGCUCGCCUCCAGUCAUUUGUGAGGCCUGAGGAGGGCCGGGAAGACAGUGCUCACCACCGAGAGAACCAGCCAGAGAAAGGCCAGCACGUCCAGGCCCGCCGGUGCCAUCCAGACGGGAAAUGAAUGUCAACGAGGCUGGAACCAGGUGGCUGGCCCAGCUGUGGCCCUGUUACCCUCUGAGCCACAUUUCUUUGGGACAUCUUGAGAGGCUGAGUCCUUACAUUGAUCUAAGUCAGUCCUGGGAAUUUUCUUUUCUGGUAAAGGUGGACAUUGACUCCAUGAUCACGUACUCACGGGGAAGUCUACUGGGACAUUGAGGAAAUAUCUUCCUGCUUGAUAAAAGAGUGAGAUUGAGGAUGGGAAAAAUAAUCCCUUUUUGGAUCACUGUCUUCCCUUUCUAGUUAAGAUGUGGUUAUGGGAUGUGAUGUCUGGUGCCCCAGCAGCCACCAGGACCCAUGAAGACAGGAGAAGUGAAGAACUCAGAUAACCAAUCCAGGAAAAGCCCCACAUCCAGACUUCCUGUUCUAAGAUUUAAUUAAAUGUCAUCACCGUUCCAGGCAUGGAAAAUAGCCUAAGUGGGACAAAAAGCAAAUGGGAAUGAAUCCUGAGACAGAGGAGGAAAUAGAGGGGUGUUAGGAACGAGGAAGCUAAAAAGGAGUCUGUUAGAGAGAAUUUCAUUUCGGGCAGCAGGCUCCUGGGGGGGAGGACAGAGUAGCCUUGCAGAUACUCGAAUCUUCGCCUAGAAGUCGAGGAUGCCAAGGACAGCCCCACCUCAUACACAGAUCGGGAAACUGAGGCCCAGGGAAGCGAGCGGCUGCCCGAGGCCACACAGCAGAGGCAGACUGGCUCAUGCAUCCAGCCGGGCCGAUGACCUCCCGCGCAGGUCCUGAGGCGGCUGACCUGAGGCACCGUGGGCCUCAAGGAUCCCUGCAGCACUCAGCAAACUGGCAGAGAAGCAGCGAGUGCUCAAAACCACCGAGGCGCGGGGCCUGGGCGCACGGCAGACCCCGUAAGUGUGAGCUGCUGUUUCUGCAAACAGUGGGUGCCCGUGAAGGGUGUGCCUGCCCCGUGGCAGCCGCAUUUCCAGCCCUGGGCAUCCAGCAAGCCUUUCCAUCCCUCAACAGCCCUACGGGCCUCAUCCACUCCCCAGCUCCGGGCUGUCUAGGCCCCAGCACAAAGGGCUGGAAUGAAACCCAGAGGCUGGGAGAGAAUCCUGCUGUGAAGACAGGGAGCUGGUAAAUAGGACAAGGCUGGGCUCCACCGGAGAUACUAACAGGCAAGGGCGGCUUGCUCAGGGCGCUCCUACCCCUCCCUCAGGGCGCUCGCCUGGGCAUCCAGGCCCCCCCCUCCCCAGGCAUCUCCUGCUCAGCCACUGUUUCUGUGUGCGGACACGGGCAGGCCAUGUGGCCUCUGUUUCCUCAUCUGCAAAAUGGGUACAGUAACAGUACUUUCCCCGUAGGUAGGAGUAGGCGUGUUGUUGCGGUCGCAGGGCAGGAACCUCACUCAGGCAGGCUCAGAUAGGACACUGCCUCCGCCACACGCUCGCUGUGGGGCACGGGGCCAGCAACUCUAACCGCUCUGUGCCUCAGUUUCCCCAACUGCCAGGCAGAUAAACUGAAAUGACUCAGCAUGGAGCCUGGAGCCUGGGAAAUAGUAACGAUCGUUACUAUUGUUUUCCUGCUUCGGGAGUCCCACGGUCUGGGCCCCCAGUCUCGGCCUCCCUUCCUCCGAGCACCUGUUAAUCUCAACAAUUCCUUCCCACACUUCUUGGGCACCUGCUGUGGAUCUGUCUUGGGGAAGCCGACAUCCCAGGAGAAGAAAUGUUAAACUCAAGAUUUGUGUGUGAAGGGCUCGCCACAUAAUCCAGGGGCUCCGUGCUGCCCUUCACCCCCGUCUGGCCUCCCGGGACCGCUCCGAGCGGGGGUUCUGGCAGGGCGCCGGGAUGCAGCCCUCAGGGGCCCCAGACACAGCAUCUGGGGGGAUGGGGGCAUGUGGGAGACUGUCAUGUGGAAGAGGCAACUUCCCAUGAAAGAGGGUGCCCAAAGAGGCCUUGGGAGCCAGAGGAGAUCAGGGUGGGCUUCCUGCAGGAAGCAGUUAUGAAUAACAACAUGUAUUGAGUGCAGGUCUGCACCAGGCACUGUUCUCUUCACAACAGCCCUUUGCAGAAGGUUUUUCACACUCAUUCUGUGGGUAAUAGUCUGAGGCCAGAGAGCUCUCGUAGCCUGCCUGAAGUCACACAGCAGACACGCCGGAGCUGAAAUUCAAACCCUGUGGUCUAACUGAAGCAUCGCACUGCUCCCCGGACAGGGCUCUCCAGCAUAGGCACUGGACCUGGUUGUCCCCUCUGCCCAGACUACACUCCCCACGGCAGAAAUCAUCUGAAGCCUCCCCCACCUACACUUCAGCCCCUGAAGGCCUGAGCCCCUCCCUCACGGAGGCAGGGGUGGGGGUAGACCACAGGCGCAGCCCCCUGCAUCCUGGUAAAGGAAGGAGGGAACGGUCGUUUUCUCGGUUGUUUCCCACCACUCCGCAAGGCCGGCCCCGGGGUUGUCCCCAUUUUCCAGAGGAGAAAACUGAGGCAGGGAGGCUCAGAGGCCUGUGUGAGUCCAGACCCUGCCCCAUCUCCCCCAACUGCACUGAAGAUGUGAAGGAAACAGCCUCCAAAGUGACUCUGCGCCUCUGUUUGCCCCCUGAUGAAAUGGGGAGAUGAGCCAGGACCUCCCGUGGGGGGAGGAGCAGGACCUGGGUCCCCAGGACCUGGCCCCAGGGGCCCCCCCAGGCUGCCCGUAUCACUGACGCCCGCAUCAUGACUGUUGGGGCGCUGCGCCCCGUCAGACCUGUGAACCCCUAGACUUGCGGUACUUCCUGUAAGGAAACCCGCCUGCGAGGCCUUAGUGAGGGGCCCUGAUCGCUCAUUUAAUUAUAAUCUUUGGGGAAAGAACCCCCCGCCCCUUCAGCUGCUAGGGAAGCCGCCAGUGUGGCUGUGGCCUGCGGGGGGUAACCGACCCGGCCCCCAGGCCUUUGUGUCAGUCCUGCCCAGAUUACUCUGUUUUUCCAACCCCAAACCAGGCCUGGCAUGAACUCAAUGCUCAGCAUUGUCCUGGGCCCGGGCCUCCCCCGGGGGCCCCCAGGGCCAGGCCUCAUCCUUCCUCCAGCUGGGGAGCCGGCCCCCACGAGGCGUCUCAGGAAACCAGAAACCCAGCAAGGCCAGCUGGGGCGGCCUCCUGCGUGCUGGUCCCAGGCCCCCUGUGUGCCACCUCCUCAAAACCUCACCACCUCACUGCAGGGAGGGGCUCGUGUGUGCCCAUUUUCCAGAUGGAGAGACUGAGGCCUGGGGAGUUGAUGUAGGGAGCAUUGGCAGAGCCCAGGUCAGACUGCACCAAGGACGCUGUCCCAGGAGGGGGUCCGGGUACCCUGGACCUGCACCAGGAACCAAGCAUGAGAGGGAAUUCGGGAGGCAGUCCUCACCGGGCAGAGAUGGAAGAGACCUGAGCCAUGGGGCAGAGGGCUUCAUGGCUAAGGGCUGCGAUUCCCACCACGGCUGCUCCGGGUUCAAGUCCAGCUCUGGGCCCUGUUUGCCUCUCUCUGCACCUUGCUUUCCCAAGCUAGGAGACUGGGGAGGGAGGGGACUCAGGCCAUCAGCUGGUGUGAAACACUUAGUGGGGAGUAAGUGCUGCGUUAACAGAGCUGAAACCCAGAGCCCGACAGCAGCCAAGGUUCCAAGACAGCAGGAGAGCACCUCGUGUCACCCACGUCAGGGCCCGCAGGAGCCGAAGACGGAGCAGCACCAGGGGCGAAUGUGGAUGCCCCCGGGCACUCCAGGGGAGAAAAUGGGGCUGCAAGAUCUCCCCAAGGAAGAGAGAGAUGGUGGAGACACAGCAUCUCCGGCAGUCAGGAGGCCAGGCCUCCUGGGUGAGGCCCGAGGCGGAAAAACUGAGGCCCAGAGAGGGAAAGGCCAGGACGUGGCUGAGGCAGAGCUCCACACCAGGCCUGCCGGAGUCCUGGGCCCACUCCGCACUGGGGACACGGCAGGGAAGAGCAGUGACCCAGGCGCCUGCCUGGGGAGCCAGCACGUCAGCGGGAGAGACAGACAGGAAACAAGACACAUGAUCUGGGCCCCGACCCCUGGCCCCUCAUAACACAGACCCCAGAGACCUCACACAUUCUCAGUGGCUCUGAAACAAGACUUCCCAGGGGCGCCUGGGUGGCUCCGUCAGUGAAGCAUCCGACUUCGGCUCAGGUCAUGAUC